GUGCACGCACGCGCACUCGAAGAAUAUUCUGGACAAAUGACAGAAUACUUGGAAACGUCUUCCGGCUGCUUGUUGCAAGAUUUACAUUGCCUGUCAUUUAUUGUUAAAUCUGAGUAAGGCGCAUUAUUUAAUGUGAAUAUUUGCAAUGCAGGCUCUCACACCUCACGUGUACUGGGCGCAGCGGCAUGGGGAGAUAUACCUGCGAGUGGAGAUCAGUGAUGGACAGAGUCUCAGUAUUGGUGUAGAAGAAAACAUCCUUCACUUCAAAGGUCAAGGGCAUGGAGCGAAAGGAGAAAAUGAAUAUGAAUUCAGUCUGGAAUUCCUAAAACCUGUUAAACCUGAGGUGAAACACAAAUCCACCCAGCGACAGGUGAAUAUCACAGUAAAGAAGCAGGAGCACGUCUGGUGGAAUCGACUCACUAAACAAGAGAAGAAGCCUCUGUUUUUAGCACCUGAUUUUGACCGCUGGCUGGAUGAGUCAGAUGCAGAAAUGGAGCUCAGAGAGAAGGAAGAGAAAAUAAACAAAAUCAACAUUGAGUCAAGGGUUCGUAAGGACCCUUUUCUUGGCUUGAAAAAAGGUUUUCUCUUUAUGUACAACUUGGUCCAGUUCCUCGGUUAUUCCUGGAUAUUUGUCAACAUGACUGUACGUCUGUUCAUUCUUGGGCAAGAUUCUUUCUACGACACAUUUCAUACUAUUGCCGACGUGAUGUACUUCUGUCAGAUGCUGGCGAUAAUGGAGGUUAUUAAUCCUGCUGUUGGGUUGGUUAAGACUGGAGUCAUGCCUGCUUUCAUUCAGGUGAUGGGGAGGAACUUCAUCCUUUUUGUCAUAUUUGGCACUUUAGAGGAAAUGCAGAACAAGCCAGUGGUCUUCUUUGUCUUCUAUCUAUGGAGUAUGAUUGAGAUAUUCAGGUAUCCUUUCUACAUGUUGGCCUGCAUUGAUACGGAGUGGAAGUUGUUGACUUGGUUGAGAUACACCAUAUGGAUACCGCUGUACCCUCUCGGAGUUCUAUCUGAAGCUGUGGCGGUGAUCCAGUCCAUCCCCAUCUUUGAUGAAACCAAACUCCUCAAUAUUCCUCUGCCUAAAGCCAUUGGGACCUCUCUCAGCUUUUCCUACAUCCUGCAGCUCUACCUGGUGAUCAUGUUCUUUGGGCUCUUCAUCAACUUCCGCCACCUCUUCAAGCAAAGGAGUAGACGGUUUCGCACAAAAAAGAGGAAAGCCAACUGAGAGGAAGGGGAAG